AUGAGACGCUCCUUCCUAACCCUCACGCUCGCCGCGAGCGCCUUCGCUCCCACAUACGGCGCCGCCAGCCCAGCUACAUCACACGCCAAUGCCGUCUCGCGGUCCGUCCAAAGCCUCACGCACGCACCUCGCGACAUAGCCUGGAGCCCAAGGGACCUCGCGCCUACUUCUGCGUACUCCCCUCGUAACGACGAUGAGGACGAAAACGAAGACGACAACGACGAAGACGAAGGCACUCCACCAGCCCCCGACAUCAUAUUCCAGGACCAAGACAACGACGACCACUCCAGCGACAGAGACGACGAGACUAUCGACGAGCUCGACGACGACAACGACGGCGCCGGCGCCGGCACCAUCGCAGGCGGCAUAGUCGGCGGCCUGCUGGCACUGCUACUCCUCCUGUCCAUCUGGUACUGGAUCGUGAUCCGGCCGCGGCGGCGCGAGCGGCUGCGGCGUGAGAACCCGGGGGCGCUCAAGGACGAGGAGGAUCUGGCGAGCCACAUCGCGGUGGACCUGCGGAGGGACGUUGGUGGUCAGGGUGUGGGGAAGAACCACGCUCUAUCAUCGUACCCGGCCGCCACGCCGCGGUCGCCGGUGCAGCAGCAGGGACAGGGCGACCCGGGAUCGAGAUCGGGACUCGAACCGGGAUCGGGUCUAGGAGGAGGAGUGACAGCACCGGUGCAGACGGCCACAUCGACUGGCCAGGUGGCGCCGGGGCAGACGUACUCUUCCUCCUCCCCCUCCACCCUUACCCCUAUGUCUAGCCCUAUCCCUAUCCCUGGCCCGAAUGCCCCCUCGGCACCAUCACCCGCAUCCGCCUACCCGCGCGACGAGAAAAUCCCGACGGCCCGGACGCCCGCAGCGCCACCCGAGUACAAGGAGGAGGCCGCCGGCAGCAUCAACCCGCAGUUACCGUUACCACCAAUAAUGGUGCCGGCCUGGAAGCUGGACUCCUUUCCGCCUGCGCAGCCGCAAUGGAAUCGAGAAGAUCAUCAUCAUCAUCAUCAUGGGCCGCCGCUGCGCGAGCAGCAGCAUAUGGCGAGGUAUUGA